UCUCCUUUCUCUGAAAAUGAAAAGAACAAAGAAAGAAAGGAGAGAAAUCAAAUAUUGCUUUAGUCAUUGUGUGUGAGACAACGAAGAAAAACUUUUUUACGAUUAUUCAAUAAAAAUAUCCUAACUCAAAAUUCGUGUUAUUAGAUUUGCGAACAAUAACGACUGAAAUAAAAAAAAUGUGAAAAUAGCAAAAUUGAAAUUCGUUAUUCACUAUAUCGACAAUACAAUUGCGUAUUUUGCGACAAGGUGGUGGUUGUGCCUUCGAUGGACAUUAAUAUAUCUAUAUAUCAAAAAAUGUUUGUUUUCAAAGAUGAUGACAUCUCUUUGUUGAAUGUGCAGAAAAAACUUAAAGAACGUCUCGGUAUCUGAUUAGAAGUUCAACAAUAAAUCCUGUUAAAAAGACGCAUAAAAUCUAAUUUAAUUCGUAAACAUUUGCAACAAAGACAAUUCGAAAUAGUUUGCAUACUUUUGGGCGUCGUUACUCAGCCACAAAUACACGCAGGCGAGAGGAAAACAGCACAUCAUUGCCCUCUUAAGAGAAUUUGCUCAUACCUUUCCUAUACAAAACACACACACACACCAGGCGUCUCUUGGACUGACAGCAGUUUUUUGCGCAUUUAAAUUCCUACAAUUGUUACAAAGUGUAAGAGAAGGUCCUUUCUUGAGUUAAACAAACGGUUGCAGUAAAUUACAAUUAAAGAGCCAACCAAGCGACUGAGGGGCAUUUAUUAAAAUUAAAACAAGAAAAUAAGAACUCUCGGGUAACACAGCCGUAUACAUACGUACAUACGUAGUGCAUAAAAUAAUUAAAAACACAAACAAAUUGUCCCACACUCUCGCCUCCACAUAUACACAUACACGCGCGUUUGCACGUGGACAAGACCUGUACUACAGGCAUACAUACACACAAAAUAUAAAUUGACUAAAAGCUGCGUUGUAUGUGCUCGCUCGUUGUGCACAUAAAGCACCAUUCGAAAGCAAAGAAAACACAAUAAAAAUAAACAAAUAAAAGUGAGAAAUGUGAAAACACUAGAUGUGUGUGUGCGUUUGAUGUGUUUGUGUGCAUAAGGAUAAAUGCUCGCAAUUGCAUUGUGUUUCAAUUCCAAGGACAGCGAACGGACCAUCGUCGUACUGCUAUUGCUAUUGCUACGGCGAAGGCAGCAUUGCUCUAUGUCAGUGUCAGAUAUCUGAAUGAAGUCGUUCCGCUGCUAAUCAUCAUCCAUCCAAGCAAACAACGUUGCAUGCCUCAGAGCCGAGUGAGUGCAAAUUCGUGAAACGAUCAAAAACAUAAAGGACAUUAUUUUUAUUGUCACAGCAUUGCUGCAUUGAAAAUGCUAUUGUUUGUAGCUCUCAUAUUUGGCAUUUCAAUACAAAUGUCUAAAUUUGUUGCCGCUCGUUUCUGUGAAGGCGGACACAUUUGUUCCUUACCUAGAGAAUGCUGUACACAAGGUUGUUGCCCGCCGUAUCAAAGUGGACCUCGUCAAUUGCCACCACCAUCGGAACAUGUGCUUAACCUGUUUUUCAUCAGCCACUGGUUCUUCUGGUGUGUUGUGGUAGCAAUUAUUUUAGCCAUCCUCUGUGCCUACUCUCUGUGGAAAAAGCGUCGAACACUUUGCGGCUGGGGCUUCAAUGAACACCAUGCACAAUCUGAAGGAGACUCGGCUGGCUCGUGUUACGCUCCUCCGCAGUACAGCCGUUGUAAUUCUUUCCAUCAUCCCCCGCCACCCUAUACCGAGGUGACAUCGAAACCAGAUCUCUACCCGUUGGUGUUCACCUGCAAUAGUGAUAAUGGUAAAAAUGGUUCCAGCUAUCUAAUGGUACAAUAUUUUCGCAAUUACAUAGUGCGUCCGGCCGGAUCCCUGUCGGCGGCCAGCACAGUAGAUUCGCUUAGCUCUAGUUUUAUAUGCAACAUUAACGAAGCAAAUACGCUUGUACCGCCGCCGUAUUCGAGGGCAGCCAGUCCUGAGAUUGGUUUCAGUUCACACUUUCAGCAGCAGUAUAUGAUGCCGCGCUCCGCAUCCCAGCUGGUGUGCCAAAAUGUCAAUAAUGGAAAUUUUAUAGGGGCCCCCGGCAAUGCAACCGCAACUGCGGCCAGUGGGAAUGGCCAAUUUGAAUUGAGCAAUAGUUCUCAGAUGUAUAGUGGCCGUUCGACCAGCACACAUUACGCCACCGUUACGGUCAAUGCAACUGUGAACCGUAUGGCCGCCAACAGUACGACUGGCGAUCGCAGUCGGGAGAGAACUACCAAUUUCAAUGGAAAUCAGCACGAUUUUGAGAGCAGCCUGUCCUACGAUGAUGCGACUGAGAACGACGAACGCACAAACGAUAAUAUUAAUGCCAAUGUGAUAAAUUGUAGUAGUAGUAGCAACGACAUACGCGUGUUGCCCAAUAGCAGCGGAUUCGCGCAAUCGCAAAGUGAUCAGCAUUUCCGAUACAUAACGAACAGCAACAGCAGCAUUAGUGAUAUUUUUGUAAACAACAGUUGUGCAGCGGGAAUUGGAGGCGGAGGUUCGAGUAGAGUCAACAGGUCGGAGAAUUCGUCUAUAGUGGGCUCCGUGUCCGGCGCUGGUGCGGUCGUGCAUCCCCAGACAGGCGGGACACCUGUGAUCUACAGCAAUGGAUGUAUAAAACCCAUUCCACUGCAUCGAGCCAGCACAAACCCUACCCAAUUUCAUGUGGACCCCUCAUCGAACAGGGAGACAGUACUGUAUCAGUCGAACAACUCAAUAGGUGGUAUUUCAAUAACAGUUCCUACUGGAAUCGAAGAUUCGUCAGUUCUUUGCAAUGACAACGAAAUUAGAGACUUGCAACUCUUGAGAAGGAGCUUGGAAACUUGCUGUCAACUCCUGCAACAACAGCAAAAGCUUCCUUCGGGCAAUUUCGCUUUGGGCGAAUCUCCUCUCCGCAUGAACGAGCUGGCCAAGAAGUACAUAGACGAGGGUCUCCUACGUAGCUAUGUGACCUCGGGAACAUGUUCUGGCGUCAGUAGUCUAGCCAAUAUAGGCACGCCAAGUUCCCCGCCUCAAGCUACCAGCCCCACGGGCGAAGUAAAGGAGAUUCUCGAUCAAAUUCGACAACUGCAAGAGGGCGUUACAAAAUACGAGGAGGACUUAGCUUUCCGGGCUGUUGGUCGACCAAUUCUACACCACACUUUGUCUUCACCGGCCCCGUCGGCAAAUAGAAAUGCGGCGCAAACUGCAAAUGUUGGCGGAAAGCUUCAACGCAUCUCCACCAUGCCCGAACAACAAUCAUUAGCUGAAGCCGCCAAGGUAAACGUCUUAGUUAAGUCGUCGGUGGCAAAUAACUCUCCCACUAACUCACUCACCUCAGUACCGUCAACCUCGUCAGUCCUGGUGGGGACGCAGCCAUCCAGCAAACUCACGAUUAGCAAAACAUCGCUAAAUGGCAGCGGUAGUUCAGCGGUCCCUAACAGUAGUUUUAUCUUUUCUUCGUCAUCGAAACGACCAUCAACGCUCCAACAUAGCAAAAAACGCUUCUAUACAUCGAAACCGCCCAACAAGGCCAUGUACAUUCCUAUGAUGGCCACGAAUCAGGUACCAUCGGGCAGCCGCUGUACCAUCCUGAAGAGUCCCGUGACCAGCGUAGUAAAUUCGAACUUCUUUACGAGCCGUGGCAACCGACAACGCAAAGGUUGGAUCUCAAGAUCUGCUCCAACAACUCCAGCAACACCGUUACCUCCCAGCUACAUGGACGAUGACAGUCCUCUGUUGAAUGAACACGACGAGGAUCAAGAGGCCGAGCAAAAUGCGGAAAUGGAAACCUAGGCUUAAUGCGUCUGUCAACCACGUCGAAUAAGGCUCUUGAAUAAUAGCACACCAUAAGGUCCAAAAUGAAUAAUAAUAGUCACACUUCUAUGUUUUAAAAUAAAUUAUUGUAGAUGCAUGGUUUUUAGAUUCUCUUCA